AUGUACAAGGUCGUGAGGAUCGAGGGCUUCGCCGUGCAGCUUUACCAGCCGGGGGAAACAAAGACAGCGACUUAUGUCCUGAGCCCGACGGGUGCCAGCCUGAAUUUGGCGCACCUCCCCCGGGAGCAGCGCAUCUGCCUGGAGCUCGACCUCGGCCUGCCCUCGAAGCCCAGCGAGGUUCAGCUCCUUCGAUCGCAGGUAAAGCAGCUGAUGCAAGCGGGAGAAGCCCUGGCUGCAGAGGACGCGCGGCUCAAGGCCCUGCUAAUCCCGGCCGAGCUCGGAGAAGCCGCCGGGCUCAUGGAAGAGGCCCUGAAAGUCGAGUAUGGCCAGCUUUUCCUCCGGCGGCUGCUGCACGAGCAGGGGAUCGCUCUCGCGGACGAGCCGGCGCUGGAUGAGGAUGAGCUUAGGCGGCUGCGACUCCUCGAAGAUGCCCUCCCGGUGGAGCCCCUGGCGGCCCAGCGGCUGGCCGCAGCGGAGCUGGCGGAGAAGCGGAGGCAGCGACGGGAGCCAGGCUUUUUGAGCAUCUUCUUCGGGCAGAUGUGCUGCGCCGCGGCGCCCGGCGUCCGUGUGGGCGUUGAGGAUCUCCAAGACGCCACGGAGUUCGAAUCCGUGGAGGCCCCACAGAACAUCCUCGCAGAGGUUCAUUUUGGGGACUUGGCCGUGCGCCUUGUCGACGACUCUAAGGAGGACCAGGAGGAUGCGGAGUUGCUGCGGCUCUUCGUCCACAGCACGGCGCUGACUGCGACCGUGGCCACGGGCCUCGACUACCGCGGCAAGUCCUCGGCCAACCUGAAGGUGGCAGGUCGCCUUGGUGGUGUGGAGGCCACGCACUUGAACCAGGAUGUGAUUAAGAUCCUGGAUGCCGGAGCCGAGGGUGCUGGCGCAGCCAAGUUUGCUCUGGAGAACAAGCUUGAGGAGACCUGCAACGUACUGUCCGUCCUAUUUCACACGGCGCCCCUGGAGGUGUUCUUCAUCCCCAGCAUGGUGCCCAAGCUUCUGGAUUUCGUGGCACCGCCCCCUGCGGCAGCAGCUGCAGAGCCGUCGCCGAAAGUGGCAAAGACACCGAAGACGCCGAUGUCGGGCGUCGGCUCCCCAAAAAGCAUUCUCGGCCAGGAGGCCUCCCCAAAGAUGCAGGGAGCAGUGCAGCAGCUCUUGGGCAAAGAGGGCGACGUCGGGCAGUAUGCGGACGCCGCCUAUGACCGGGUUCCCGACCAGGUGCACUUCGAUGUCCGCCUGGCUUCUCCGAAGAUCCACCUGCCCGUGCGGGACAUCGGCAAGGUGGUGGUGAACCUCGGUUCCCUCACGCUGUUGACGCCGGAAGUCUGCUCCAUGAAGGCGGUGAGGCUCGGUGUUGCCUUAGAGGACACCAUGCUGAUGGUGGCGACCAAGCGGGAAGAGUUCAACGUGAUCUCGCCCUUGCCCAUCGACAUCCAGCUCAACCACAAGGAGGAUGACGACGCCUUGAAGGCAGAGGUGAAGUUGACCACCGGAGACCUCAUCCUCACAGCAGCUCCGCAGGCAGUGAGUGUUCUCGCGGCCCUCCCGGACGUCUUCGCUGAGCUCGCGCCCCCAAGCCAGGAGGCAGCUGCCGAGAAGCUGCAGGAGGUUGUCGAGGAGGCUGCGGAUGCCGCGCAGGGCCAGGGGGCCGGUGCCCUCGCGAGCUCUGUUGGCCAGUCGGAGGCCAUGCAGGCCGCCACCAAGCGCGCCAAGGAGCUCACCGAGAAGAGGCUGCAGCUGGACGUCACGGCGCAGCUGGGCAAGCUCGAAGUGGCGGUCCUGGACAUGCUGCACCCGGUCGUGACGCUGCAGUGCCAAGUCAUGGGGCCCGGGAUUCAGCUGUGCCACGACAGCCUCCUGACCGGCCAGGACAUGUCGACGAGCGUGAAGCUCGACAACCUGGCGCUCAAGGCCUUCGCCAAGUGCCCGCGGUCCCAUGAGUGGGAGCCCCUCUUGGAGCCCUUCCACAUUGGGGCCUCUGUGCAGCUCCAGUCCAUGUCCAAGACAUCCUCGGCUUUGGCUACCAAAGUGUCCGUCAGCGCGCACAAGCCCCUGCUGCUGAACGUUGCGGCGCCCUCACUGUCGAGGCUCGCGCAGCUCGGCCCCGUCUACGCGGCCAGCAUCGAGCGGAAGAGCGACACCGGGUCUUCGCGGUACAGCGUCGUCAACCUCUUCGGGCAGCCGAUGGUGUUGGAGUUCCAUUGCCCCAGCGGGCUCGUCUGCAAAGAGAUUCCGCCCACUGGCGAGAAGGUAUGCCUCGAGGAUGAAAUCUUCCUGCACAGGGCCAGCGAGGUCGCGGUGCGCCUCAAAGAGGGCGCGAGCACGGAGAGCUCGAGGCCUCUCUCCAUCGAGUGCACGGAAACGGCGCUGGUGCCCGGCAGCUUCUGUGUCGCAGAGAUGCGCGCGCCGGAGCCAGGAGCCCGGAUGCUCCUCUUGGCCUCACCGCUGCGUCUGCACAACACCUGCGAUGUCCCACUGCAGCUCUCCUUCCCCGGCCAGAAGGCCAAGCCAACGGGAACCUUCACCUGCCAAGCAUCAGUGCUGGGCCAUCAAGCUCCGAGCUACCGCGUUGAGAGCCAUCUGCCGGCGAGUGGAGAACACCAAGACCGCGUGGUGGCGAUCAUGCCCAAUGAGAUCUUUGCUGUUCCAGAGCCCCUGCUGCGGCAAGAGGCCGGGCAUGUUGCCGCGACCGUUCGGGGACGAUUCGGCUUGGGAGACGACUUCGAGUGGAGCCACCCCUUCGAGCUGUCCUCCAAGUCCAUCCUCAACUCCUCGGAGUUGGAGGAUUUCAUCCUCUCCUGCGCCAAGUCGAAGGGCUCAGAGCUGCCCACGCUGCUGGCUGCACGGCCACAGGCCCAUGACCUGAAGGACUCGCCGGUCCCCAAGCCUCGCUUCCGCAACUUGCGGACGGACAUGCUGCUGGAGGACGCCAUUGCUCCGACCAAGACGCAGAAGAAGAGCGCCCCCUGCUGUGGGGGAGCACCGAAGGUUUCGGAACCCGAGGAGGCAGCGCCAGAGGAGGAGGACGCUGCGCACAUGUCUGGGCGCUUCUGGCAAAGCGGCAAGCUGCACGAUCUGGGGAAUGUGACCAUGCUGGUCCUCCGCCCCAUGCUCUCGCUCCUGAACGCCCUCCCCGAAGCGUCGCUGUCGGUGGCGUAUCGCACCCGAUCCAAGGCCAUGAUCCGAACCGGCGUCCUGCGCGAUAUGACGGAGUGGCAGGAGGUGACCAUUCCCAGCAUGGCCUGCGUAAACAUCUACGACCUCAGCCUGAACGCAUUGACGGCGGGGGCAGAGGUGAAGUCACGUUUGGGCGAUUCGAGUGUGGCUUGGUCCUCGCCAGUGGUGCUGCGCCCCGCGGCGUUGCGCUACGAAGCGGAGAUGCUGGAGAUGGAUGUGCGCCAGACGGCUUCAGGCGCGGCUUGCGGCCUGGUCGCCCAACCCAUGGGAGACGGCCGCUUGAGGAUCUCCUGCCCACGCAUCUUCACGCACCGGCUGGACCUGGGCCUCGACGAGGUUGAGGUGCUGUAUCGCGGCGAGCGUCUUCCCUCCAUGGCCGGGCUGACUAUGCUGCCCCACAACUGCGAGACGAAGAAGUGUGAGGUGGUGGUCAAGCGGCCGGGAGCAGAAGCGGUGAAGAACAGCCUCGUGAUUCCGGCGAGUUUCGACACAGUGGACUGGAAGACGCCCUCUGGAACCGAGUACUACUGCGUUCAAUGCGAGGACAUGGCCUCAUCCGGCCUCAUGGGCGCAAGCUGCAAGGUCGCGGUCCUGCGACCCCGCCUGGUGGUGACGAACGACUCUGACCACGACAUGGAGCUCUUGUCCCCGGACGGACACGUGGUGAUACUAGCGGCCAAGGAGUCUCGUCCAUCUCACUGGCAUGUGCCCGUCAAUGCCAAGGGCGCCCCGGAGUUAAAGCUGCGGCCAGCCGGAGGCGCUGGCAAGAUCGGCUGGUCCCCAGCCAUUCCCUGCUGUGAGCAGGCAGCCGGCUCUUCCUCCAUGCUCCUUACGGCGACAGAGGAGACGGCCUUGCCCCUGGUGUGGACGGCCUCGCUUGCCCCUAGCAGCGGGGCAUUCGCCAUCGUGUUGAAGUCUGGCUCCACCUGCCGCGCCGUAAACCGGGCCUCGAAGGCCGAAAUGACGGUGGCUCCUGGGGAUGCGAAGGCGAACACGGUUCCCACCUCUGUGCGGGGUGGAAAGGGCGAGGUGCCCAUCGGCUGGGUGAACCCCUUCGUCAAAGAGAAGGCCUCGCUGCGCGUGUGCGUCGAUGGAGAAGAGAUCGUGAUCAAGGACGUCGGGCGCAAGGCAGAGAUCCAGCUCAAGGCCCAGAAGCUGAAGCUGUCCGUGUCGCGAGUGGGCGAGAACACCGUGGUGGCGCUGGAUGAAAUGUUCUCCUUGGGCGUCAUUGAGAGGGCAGCCAGUGAGCCUUCGGUGGGUUCGAAAGAGGAGUCGGUGCUCGAGGUCGCCCUGGAGCUUGGCCAGAUUGGGGUGUCCCUUGUGGACGACUUGCCCCAUGCCCGUGAGCUCAUCUUCCUCCACAUCGGCGACAUCAACGUGAAGUACGUCCAGAACAUCGAUGCCGACUCCGAGCAGUUGCGAUUCGUGGUCGGCGAGAUCCAGGGCAUUUGCCAGCUGCCGGAUCGCAUGGAUGGCUCCAUGCUGACCAAGAAGCAUCAGCAUAAAGCCGGGGUGCUUCGCCAGGAGCAGCCCGCUGUUAUCUUGGCCAACCAUGGCGACAAGGGGACGCACUUUUUGGAUAUCCAGAUCACGCGCGAAGCAACUUCUUCUCAGGACCUUGUCUUGCCCAAGGCCGAGGUCCUCAUGGACAAGCUGGAUGUGACGGUUGACAACGACUGGCUCGCCCCGCUCCUGAGCUGGCUGCAGAGGGCCAUCCCGCAGGAAGCCAUUGACGUGGGCUUGCAGUGGGACGAGGUGAAAGCGCGUGCCGGAAGGGCCAUCGUGGCUGAGGGCUACACUCCGCCUGCUGUGCCCGCAAUCGUGUCAGUUGAGAAGCUGAAGCUAUCGGAGAUCAACCUCACCGUGUGGUGCAGACUGCCGGUCUCCAGCCUCGACUUCCUGCCGGCGCCCGUGCGUGCGGUGCUGCGCGUGGUUUCCGUGGGCAGCAACUUCACCCUGAACGGCGCAGGCAUCCGUCUGCCCGAGAAGCAGCUUCCUUCUUAUCGAGGGGCCGUGGAGGACUAUGCCAUCAAGAUUGGCCUUGAGUAUGCGUCUUCGCUGAUGCAGAUCGUGCUGUCGCUGCUGGGUAAGAGCUCUCUUCUCAACGGCGGCGCGAUUCCUUUGGCCAUGGGCGGCACGGCCGUUUCCAUGGUGACCGACGGAGUGGGCACGACCAUCCGGGGAGGCGCCGGAAUGCUGCAGCAUCUGGCCAUGGAUGAGGGCUACGUCCAACAGCAGCAGAUCCACCAGGAGAUGAAGGAGAUCAACGGUGCCGUGGAUGGCCUGAAGGAGGCUGGCAAGUCCCUUGCCACCGGCAUGGAGGGAGCACUGGACAUAUUCCGCAAACCGGUGGAAGGUGCCAAAGAGGAGGGAGUACGCGGCUUCGCCAAGGGCGUGGGCACGGGAAUCGCAGGUACGGUGAUCAAGCCCAUCGUCGGUGUUGGACAGGCAACUUCUGACAUCAUCACUGGCAUCUCCGCAGUGGCCACCAUGGACUCCACCGCGAAGCGCCGCCGUCGCGAGCGCUGCCGACGGCGUGGACCUCGCAUGCUCUUCGGCAAGUAUGGCACCAUGCGUUCUUGGAGCCACACCCACUCAGAAAUCUCGCAGCAGCUGGGGACCAUCGCAGAGGGGAUCCAGGAGAUCAUACCGCUGGCAUCAGAUGGCUUCCAUGCCAGCGUGCUGCUUCUGUACAGCGACAAGCUCCUCCUGACCAAGGUGAAGCUCCACCCUCUCAAUGCCGCCAGCCGCCAGGGCAGUGAUCUGAGCUGCGACAAGGCCUUCACCCACACUGACGCCGGUCCUGACGACCGAUCCAAUCGGCACCGCCUCAGACGUAUUGACCGCGAGUUCCCAGAGCUGCUCGCGCCCUUGGAGGAGGUGCUGACCAGGGCCCAGACAAGCGUCGACGUUCUGACGGAGUGCCCGCCCGGCGUCAGCGAAAUGGCCCGUGGCUUGUCCUUUGCGGAGAUGCAGACCGCGGAGCUGGAUGAAAAUGGGGAGCUGGUCCUGACCGACUCCUCGGGCAACCGCUUCGAGCUGCCUCUGAGGAUGGAGCCUGAGAUAAAGGAGGCUUUGGUGCAAGGCCUCCAAGGGGCGUGCGGAGGCCGCGGUGACUGGACCAGACUGGGGGCAUCCUGGCGGCCGGAGGAGCAGGUGCACGAGGCAUCGAUCCGGCCGAAGCAGAAGGGAAACGAGCUGCUGCACUUGGAGGUUUGA